CCCAGCGACGUCCGCGCGCCAUUUCUGCGACGGUCGCCGUGCCGAACGCGGCAGCUUUUUCCCACCGCCGCAGCCACUGUUCAGCCACUUCGGGCGUCGGACGGGUGCGCGGACACAGUGACAUCCACUCGCCGGUCCAAUGCAGAGCCCCAUCGGCAGCGUCUUCCUCGGCGACGUCCAGCGACACAGGCUCCUGUCCACCUCCACCCCGCCCUCAUCGCCCCCGCCACACAUCUCGCCCCAGAUCAGGCCCCAGAUGAGCGUCCACGACGCCGACUUCGACGUCGUCGAGAAGCCGAAGGAACCGGCUGCAAAGCCGCCCUCCAUACCCCCCGCGCUCUCGCUGGACCUCAGGAUCCGAUGGCUCGAGACGCUUCUGUACGGCGCGCGCCCAGAGGGCGCCGAGCGCAAGCACGUCGAGACGAGGAACGGGGAGACUCUCGCGCGGCGCGCGGACGAGCUGCAGCACAAGCUGGACGAGGUCGUGCAGGCCAACGACAGCGUGCGCAAGUUUAUGGAGCACUAUGACCAGCACGCGCAGUAUCUCACGCCGUCGUUUGCACUCUCGGGCACAGUUCCCGUCAACCCGCCCUCGUAUGAGAGCAUGUCCGCGAGCGAGCUCGAGGCAUUCCUGACAGAGAUGGAGCCCGACAUACGCGCGGCCGAGAGGGAUCUCCGAGAGAUCGCAGCCCUGGAGGACAAGGGCGUGACCGCGGCUGGCCGCCUUCCCGAGUACAAAGAACUGCAGCCACGCCUGAAUGCUCUCAUGAAGGCACACGAAGAAGAUGCGCAAUUGGCGAUACAGCUCGAGAAACGCAUAGCGGGACUGAUGGACCGGUAUGCCACGAGAGUCGAUACUCUGUCCGAGCUGUUCCUCGCUUGGGACGGGAACCUCCGUACCUCGGAGGACCAGACAACAAGACUGGAGCGGGAUCAUGAAGAACGCAGGAAGCUAGGCUACGAGUGACGGCGCUGUCCGUCUGUCGUUGGCAUACCCUACUGUCUUAAUACCCUGCACACGUCGCGCGUAUGUCAAAGCCUAAGGCGCUGCGACGGCGGCGUGCGAUGCGUCACGCGUCACCACCCGGU